UCAAUAUUCACAACCUUCAACCUUCGACUUCGACCCUUUGAGCAGUUUCUUCGCACUGGAAGGAAUGUUCAAAUCGGCCAUUUCUCGACCAUGGAUAUGUUCGAGAUGUAUUCGACAACAGAUCCCUCCUCGAAUUCGUCGUAGUCAUGUCCAGGCCGUACCUUCGACGCCACUCGAUGAUCCAAUUGCUCUGGAAGCCGAAGCUUCUCCCAGGCAGGUAGCAAUAGGUCCGACGACUCCUGGGUCGCAGUAUGAUGACAAGACACUGGGUCAAAUUUUUGACUCACCUGGGUUCUGGAAAGAAUACUCGCAGUCUUCGAAGUCAGGCCACCAUGCCGGAUUGUUCCAAAACCGAUACUUGACCAGCCCUGCAGGGUUCGAGCAGUUUGCGAAUACAAGCCUGGAGAAGGCGAAGAGAGUUGUGGCCAAAAUACUGGCAGCUUCAACAACGGAGCAGUACGAACAUGUAGUCAAGGACCUGGAGAGGCUCAGUGACUUGCUUUGUCGAAUUAUUGAUCUUGCGGACUUUGUCCGGGCUACGCAUCCAGACCCAAGGAUAAAUCAAGCUGCAACAAGGGCUUAUGCUAAGAUGUAUGAAUACAUGAAUGUUUUGAAUACAACUACUGGUUUGGCACGGCAGUUAGAUGUCGCUAUUAAGACGGCUGGAUCUGCCUGGGAGGAAGAGGAACGGCUGGUGGCGGCGAUCCUGAAGAGAGAUUUUGCAAAAUCUGCCGUCGAUCUUCCUCAAGGCGACAAAGAGAAAUUUGUUCAGUUGUCUCAGGAGAUCAGUGAAGUUGGCUCUGACUUUGUAGAGUCUAUGGAGUCGGCACAGCCUUUCGUCCAGUUCAAGAGCAGCAGUUUGUAUGGCAUGGACCCAAUACUGGUGAAAGAAUUUACACGAUGGGGACAGGUUACACUUCCAGCUAUAGGUGAAGCUUCCCAUGCUGCACUACACACUGUAUAUGAUGCGCAAGUCAGGAAACAAAUCUUCUCCGCCGGCCGGACGGCCUCCAAAAGUUCUUUGAAGAGGCUUCAUUCACUUUUAAGUAAGAGAGCUGAGCUGGCGAAACUUUCCAGAUUUAAAAGCUAUGCGCAUAUGUCUCUGGAAGACAAGAUGGCCAAGACUCCUGAAGCCGUCAAUGGGUUCCUUCAAGAAUUAUCUAAAGAUAACCGACCCCGUGUUCAAUCUUGCUUGACCGAUCUGCUAGCAGCAAAGAAGUCGUACACCAAGAACCCAGAUUCGGUUCUGGAACCUUGGGAUAAGGAAUUCUACAUGUCGCAAGUACUCUCUUCGGUACCUUCCCGUUUGCGAAAUGCAGACUUCUUGUCUUCCUACUUUUCUCUUGGGAGGGUGAUGCAAGGAAUCUCAAGGCUUUUCACUCGCCUUUAUGGAAUCAGAUUCGUGCCUCGAGAAAAUCUGCCUGGGGAGACAUGGAACUCGGAUGUUCGAACACUUGACAUCAUCUCCCAGACUGAUGGCCAUGUGGCAGUUAUGUACUGUGACCUUUUCGCUAGACCAGGCAAAUCACCGAACCCAGCACAUUUCACGAUUCGAUGUUCUCGACGUAUCCGGGAUGGAGAAAUUCAAGAAGCAGCAGCAAUUGCCAAUCCACUUUUUGAAUCGGCAGAACAAGCUGCUAACGAUGGAAUGGCAUUCUCUAGAACCCCAAACGGGGUUAUGCAACUGCCCAUAAUAGCACUCAUCUGCAACUUUGCUACCAAUCCCGGUUCCAAGACUCCUUCUCUCCUCAGCUUCAAUGAAGUCAGUACGCUCUUCCACGAAAUGGGUCACGCAAUCCACUCCAUCCUCGGCCGUACCAAUUUCCAAGAAGUAUCCGGCACACGCUGCGCAACAGAUUUCGCAGAGCUGCCGUCCAUCAUCAUGGAACACUUCGCGGCUGAUCCUUCUGUCCUAGCGCUGUUCGCUCGCCACUACGAAACAGACAAGCCUCUCCCCGUCGAAAUGAUUGCCGAGAAACUGGCUCUGGAUAAGAAAUUUGAAAGCGUCGAUACAGAGCACCAACUCAUCCUGUCCCUCCUCGACCAAGCUUGCCACUCUCAUCUCGCGCUCAACCCCUCCUUCAACACGACCGAGGUAUUUCAUUCACUACAGCGCCAACAUGGUGUCAUGCCUCCCGACCCAGCUGGGACGUGUGGAGAGGGUUUCUUUGGGCAUUUGUUUGGCUACGGUGGUUCAUACUAUAGCUACCUAUUUGACAGGGUCUUAGCAGAGAGGAUCUGGCAGCAGGUAUUCAGUGGCGGAAGAGAAGGUGGUGGACUGGCUAGAGAAAAUGGUGAACGAUUCAAGGAUGAGGUGUUGAAGUGGGGUGGUGCGAGGGAUCCAUGGAAAUGUCUUGCGGGCGUCCUGAGGGAGGAGAGAGUUGAGAGUGGCGGGAAAGAGGCUAUGCAGCUGGUUGGGAGCUGGGGUGUGGAAAGAAGGAGGAGGGAUCGGUUGGAGGGAAGAGGAAGUAAGUUGUGAGUCGAAGCUGCUGAUGUAUGAAGGUAUCUAUCUGUAAUAUACUUGUAAAUAUAAGUCCACCUCAUGGCUUAAGUCAAGCAAUGUCGGUAUCUGAUUGUACCAUGCCGGUCUUCGAGCUUCCUCGGAUUAACGUCAACGUCUGGUGCGGUUUUGGACAUUGAAAUGCAUAUGCCAUGGAUGUCGCACUUGAGAGCAGAAAAGUG